UUAACCUAUUCUCUGUGCCCAUAUAUGAAUCUCCAAAACCCUAGGGUUCUCAUAGUAACUAGAGGCAGAACAGAGCCAAGAGAGAUCUGCAGCUGCUCGCUCUUCGGCGCUCAAUCACAGAUCUGUGAAGAUGUAUUCUUCUGCUGCAAAAAUCCGCAAGGACAAGGACGCUGAGCCAACUGAGUUCGAGGAGUCUGUUGCGCAGGCGUUUUUCGAUUUGGAAAACACCAAUCAAGAGCUCAAGAGUGACUUGAAGGACCUGUACAUUAAUUCUGCUGUGCAAAUUGAUGUCGCUGGAAACAGGAAAGCUGUUGUUGUUCACGUGCCUUAUAGGCUAAGAAAAGCUUUCCGCAAGAUUCAUGUUAGGCUUGUGAGAGAGCUUGAGAAGAAAUUCAGUGGAAAGGAUGUUGUUCUGAUUGCCACUAGGAGGAUAGCUAGGCCCCCAAAGAGAGGGUCUGCCGUUCAGCGUCCUCGCAGCAGAACACUUACUGCUGUCCAUGAAGCCAUGUUGGAGGACAUUGUUGUUCCAGCUGAGAUUGUUGGGAAGCGAGUCCGAUACCGCCUUGAUGGGUCCAAGAUAAUGAAGGUCUUCCUUGACCCAAAGCAGAAGAAUGACACUGAAUACAAGCUAGAGACAUAUUCUGCUGUUUACAGGAAACUUGCAGGAAAAGAUGUCGUCUUUGAGUACCCAUUAACAGAAGCUUAAGAGUAUGCCCGGCUUAUUGUUGUUUAUGUCUGUUGAGACUUGAAAUUAAUGUUUUUAUCCUUCAAAAUUUUGACAUUUGAUGGCAUUUUUGUUGGUUUAGAAUGCAGAUUACUCUUGAAGUCUUUUCUGAAACUUCUGUGACUUAAUUAAUUAUUUGCUUGCUAUAGUGUGUGAAUUAACACAGCCCCUUUUAAUGUUUA